ACCUAAACAUAGAGAAAAGUGAAGUGAAUGAUUCAUCGCGUUGUUUGUAAAUGUAAAAUGUAAUUUUCAUUUGAUAUUCAAACAUCGUCCUACAAUUGUAUUGUUUUUAAAUUUUUUUUGGUAAUAUGCAUUUGCAAUAAGUUCUUCGUUAUAUAAAUAGAUUGUUGAAGAUUUUUGGGAAUCAUGACUCAAAUAUCAGGUAAUGACAGAAGUAAUCUCGUUUUCGAGAUUAUUUCUGCUAGAAUACACGAGGAGGACAAAAAAUAUGUUGUAUAUAAUUUACAAGUGAGACACAUAAGUGGGUUUGAUGAUUUAAGCCCCUCAUUGAUUGAGAGGAGAUAUACACAUUUUUUGAGUUUAUACAACUCGUUGAAAACAGAGUAUCCAGAAAUGAUGUUGUCAAUAGAAUUUCCUAAGAAGGUUUUUCUGGGUAAUUUUGAUAAUUCUCUCAUUUCCUCAAGAAGCACUGGUUUUGAAACUCUGUUGAAACAUGUUAGUUCUAACACAAAAUUGAGAAAUUCUAAAUCACUUCUAGUAUUUCUGCAAGAACCUGAACUGACCAAAGCUAAAGAUUUAUUAGAAAAAAAAGAAUUCAAUAAUGCAUUUCCAGUAUUAGAAUCUAUUUUCUUGCUUCUAAAUAAGGUUUUUACUGACAGAUCACCAGCUGUGCUUUUGUCUUUAUGCAGACUUUUAGGAUGUGCAGUAGAAGCUGCAGGUAUUAAAUGGAGAAAAUGGGCAGAACUAGCAUUGCAUCGUUAUGAAGGUGUUAGUGAUAGUGACCUCUUACCCUUAUAUGUGCCAUUGAUGCAAUUAUGCUUGAAAUACGAUUUAAAUAAGGAAGACCUAGAAAAGAGACUAUUGGAUUUAAGUAAAACCGGAUUUGUAAUUAAUGAAACAAGUUCAUUGUUGAACGAAGUUGAAAAGGUAGAGAAAAAAAUAUUGAAUUUAACUUGAACUUUUUUAAUUGACUUAUGCAUAUAAGGUUACAAAUUACCAUUACCAUUGGUAUAUUGAUUUUACUAUUAUUAUGAAACUUAAUGUGAUAAAUCCUCGAACUAAUGGAUAUGUGAGUUAUAUAGUAUUCAACUGUAAAUAACAUUUGUUUUAUUGAUUGGAAAAUAUAUAUUUAUUUUGAAAA